AUGCCAUCGACCACAGUAUCGGUGGCUGGCAACCCCCGCCCCUCACCUCCUAGAAAUUGUACAGCAGAUCGUAUAUUAAGAAAUAAUGAAGCUUACUUAUCAGUGCGAUGUAUAGCUGGGUAUGACGGUGGUCUCAGUCAACACUUCACACUGGAUGCUCUUGGAGAGUCCGCAAGAGUUCUGGUCAACAGCUCCGCUGGAAACCAGGAUUUAGUCGUUUGGCUAAAUAUGAGCUGGGCAGAGCUGGACUCUUUGGCAGAAGACGAAGUGGUAGCAGUGACAGCCAGAAAUAGCAAGGGGUCUUCAGAACCCGUGCUUCUCAGAGACCUUGUCUUCAGAGAUGCUGCUAAAAGAACUGAAAACACGACACGUGCUACUACUAAGUUCCCGGCUGCGGCUGCAUUAGCGGGAGUGGCCGCCAUCUUGACAGCAACAGGUGCUAUCAUAGCAUUGGUAUUGAGAAAGCGCAACGACACAACUUCGACGAGUAAAAGACCGUCUCAAAGCGUAGUCCAAGUGGAUGCUCAAGGUAGGCGAUAUCUGAUCGCUUACCCUACUGCUGACAAGCCAGAGAGCAAGCCUGACAUACUCAACCCUAAGUCCGAUAAUGAACCUCCCCGUGUGGUACUCGAGUCGACAGACAGCAAGAGUUACACCAUCAGGGAGAUCAAAGAAGGGGCAAAGUCCUACAGUCCUCCUCCAACCGACGAGCAAAUGAAUAUUACCUCUAUUUCAGAUGCCACAGAGAUAGCAGCAGGAUCCGAGAGAGCAUUCCUUGUAAAUAAAGUUCAAAAGACUAUUUUUAAUAUUGUAAAUUCCAAACAUGCCAACAAAUUGUAA